AUGCCUAAAGGUGGUCGAUCGAAGAAGGACUUGAAGAAAAGAAAGAACCAGCUAGACGAGGACGUGGAGCCCGAGUACAUGGGUCCUGAUAGCCAACAACAAACGCAAGAGCAUGAGGCUGAUGAGCAAGCUGGAGAAGAAGUGCCGACAACUCAUACUGAAGAAGAUCCAGUACCAAAUGCAGCAGCCAUAGACGAUGCUUCAAUCCCAAUACAUCCCAAACCUAAGAGGCAUAGAGGGCCUACCAAGAUGAAGGACACUGCCAAGGACCCAAACACUAAGGUCAGAGUUGAGUUCAACGAUUUGGGAGAACCUUAUGGAGGAGGUUCAGUUACGUUGUCCUCAUACUUAGGGCCCCUGGUGAGAGAACAUGUGCCUAUUAUAAUAGAUGGCUGGAGAAAAAUCUGUGAGGAGCGAAGAACAAUACUGUGGAAAUCUGUUCAGGCAAGGUUUGAAUUGGAAGGUGAUUACGAGAAGGAGUUUGUCUUGAAGCAGAUGGGAUGCCUGUGGAGGUCCUCCAAAUCUCGGGUUGUUGGUAAAAUUAUGAAAGCAAAGAACAAUGCCGAGAGGAUGCAGCUCAGACCUAAGAAUGUGCCUAUCGCAGACUGGCGUAAAUUUAUCAAAGCAAAGACUAGCGCCGAAUUUAAGGCAAUAAGUGAUACAUAUAAGGAACGAAGACAGAAGCAGAUUCCUCACACCUAUAGCCGUAAGGGAAUGGUGAGACUAGCUGAAGAUAUGAAAAAAGAGAGUUCUGAACCAUCUGAUGUUACAAGGCUCAAUGUUUGGGUGAAGUCUAGGACCAGAAAGGACGGCACAGCAGUCAAUACUAAUGCUGCUGAUAAGAUUAAGAAGGCAACUGAGCUUGUUCAAACACAGUCUCCCUCUACAAACCCCAGAGAAGACAUGCUAGCGCAGGUAUUAGGUCCUGAUAAUCCUGGACGGCUGAGGGCAAUGGGUAGAAGCAUGAAUAUGAGCAAACUAGCAUUGUUCCAAAUGAGGAACAAAUAUAUGGCUGAACUGCAGAAGAACCAGGCAUGCUUGCAGCAACAAGUGCAGGAAUUGCAAAAUGCAAUACUGACAAUGAAAACCCAGAGACCUGAUCCUGAAGUUGGUGAAAAUUCCGCUCCAAGAGUAAAAGACUACAACCUAAGUGUCUGUUGUUUGAUUGGUCUGGGUGUGAUGAGAAUGGCUGAGGGACGUCUUGUGUCUUCUGAAGCUGAGGAAAAAGUGAACGGCAUACCUCUAGGACCUAACUCUGUUAAAGUCUUGGUCGAAACAGCAGUAAAGGCAGAUGCCUUUCUUUGGAGGCCAGCCCAGAGUAUGUGUACCAUUGGAGAAGCUGUAGGAGAGAUGGUCGCAUGGCCCCAAAAUUUUGCUGUGGUUUUUGAUCAAGGGACUGAAACGGAAGACACUGCGCUUAAGAGUCCGACUGCAACUUCUCCAAAUAUGUGCAAACUUCUGGACUGGGCUUCAAACAGUGAAGAAGUAGUUGCGGUUGGACGUUGGCAAUGUAAUGACCGGAAAGCAUUAGUCAAUGGACUUCCUCUUGGACCAAACGCAGUUAAAGUGAUUGUAGAUGAAGUUAUGGAGCCUGACACGUUCUUGUGGAGGCCCACGGCAGAACUCUUAACACUUGAAGACUGUUUGAAGUCUUUUGUAGCAUGGCCUGUGAGUAGAGUUGUUACAUCUGGAGUCGCCUUCGAGACGCCAUACACUUUCCCACAGCAUGAGGAAUCUGUACCAACUCCUCCGGCGCCUACUAAGAAAGCUCAGUCGGUUUCAGAAUCCCCUUCUCAACAUUCUGCUGAACAUCAAAUAUCCCAGCCUGUGAAUGAAGUCGUUGAUAAGACAAACAAGAAAUGCUUGUUGAUGGAUAUAUCUGGGAGAGGAGGGUCGUUGCUGAAGGUCGUUGGUCGACAGACAACCCAGAACACACGGUCCACUUUGUUCCAUUGGGUCCAAAAGCAGUUUGUGUUUGGGUGGAUGUUGUGA